CGUUAAUGUUGGAGGUAUGAAUAAAGUGGAACGGAAUCGAGACCCGACGCCGCCCUGCCGUAGACCUACAAUAAAGAAAUAAUUUUAAAAAAGGCCAAGGCUUUGAAUCGGGAAGGGAGCAUCUGGGGUUUCCCAAGUCGAUCUCUCGUUUCUCACUUCCUCCUCCUCUUCGAGCAGCGAUCGACGUGAGAAGAUCUCAGCCAUGGCGUCGAAUCUUGCUCGCCUCGUCCGCCGCCCCAUCGCGACACUUUUUCUGUUCCGAAGUUACAGGCAUGUUCGAAACUUCAGCCAUCAUAUCUUGCCAGGUACCUGGAUUCCUCUGGCUCAAAACCUAUGAGGGAAGUUAUUCAGUUACUUCCGAAGAAUUCUCCUUGCCAAGUAUGGAGUAGAGCAUUUUCUUCAGAAAAUGGUGACCUUAUUGAUGCAGUUGUUCCAUUUAUGGGUGAAUCUAUUACUGAUGGAACACUAGCAACCUUUCUGAAGAAACCUGGAGACAAGGUUGAAGUUGAUGAACCAAUUGCCCAGGUUGAGACUGAUAAGGUGACUAUUGAUGUUGCUAGUCCUGAAGCUGGGGUUAUUGAAAAGUUUGUAGCCAAUGAGGGUGAUACUGUGACACCUGGAACCAAGGUUGCUGUGAUCUCCAAAUCUGCUGCGAAUGUAACACAUAUUGCUCCAUCAGAGGAGAAACCUGGUAAAGAAGCUGCUAAACCAUCUCCACCUGCAGAAAAAGAGGUUGAAAAACCCAAAGUAGAACCUUCCAUCAAAGAAAAGCCCAAAGCGCCUUCCCCUGCACCUCCUAAAGCUGCUGCUUCUGAACCUCGACUUCCUCCUAAGGAAAGGGAAAGACGAGUUCCAAUGCCAAGGCUCAGGAAACGAGUUGCUACUCGAUUGAAGGAUUCUCAGAACACAUUUGCAUUGCUAACGACAUUUAAUGAAGUUGACAUGACCAAUUUGAUGAAACUUCGCUCUGAUUACAAGGAUGCAUUUGUGGAAAAGCAUGGUGUGAAGUUGGGACUUAUGUCAGGAUUUGUUAAAGCAGCUGUUUCUGCACUGCAAAACCAGCCAAUCAUCAACGCAGUCAUUGAUGGAGAGGAUAUCAUAUAUCGAGAAUAUAUUGAUAUAAGCAUCGCUGUUGGCACACCUAAGGGCCUGGUGGUGCCGGUUAUUCGUGAUGCUGACAAGAUGAAUUUUGCGGAGAUAGAGAAAACAAUUAAUACUCUUGCUAAGAAAGCAAAUGAUGGGACAAUCUCAAUUGAUGAAAUGGCUGGAGGCUCAUUCACAAUAUCUAAUGGUGGAGUUUAUGGAAGCCUUUUGAGCACACCAAUUAUCAACCCACCACAAUCGGCUAUCCUAGGUAUGCAUUCCAUUGUAAACCGGCCAAUGGUUGUGGAUGGUAAUAUUGUCCCAAGGCCUAUGAUGUACACUGCAUUGACCUAUGAUCAUAGAUUGAUUGAUGGGAGGGAGGCAGUCUUCUUUUUACGUCGCAUCAAGGAUGUGGUUGAGGACCCUCGCAGGCUUCUCCUUGACUUAUAGAUGCCUCUAAGCACCUGAGAAGCAAUCCUUGAUUCCUGUGUUUUUCGCAACAAAUAAUUUCCCACCGAAACUAAAAUUUUGGUUGGCUUAGUUCUUUUAGCUCAACUUUUUGAGUUCAGUUGUGUUGAGGGUGAGAGACACUGAUGGCCCACAUCUGAAAUGAUGCUUUUGAUUCAUCACACUUCUGUUCUGUUCAAGGGUUCGGAUUCUAUAGACUCUGUUGUACAAGAGAUGGGCAAUUGUUAUUCCAUUGUAUAAUAAGAGAAAUUUUCAGAGAGAAGUUGUGAUUCAUAGCAUGAUGUAUGCAGCAACCGUAAUAGAAGCACAGCCAUUUUGCCGCCC